AAACACAACAACACUGCAGAUAAUGUUAUAGAAAUAUCUAAUCGAAAUAUUUCUAUCAUUGAUAAAAAUGGAGUAAAAAUAACAAGUCUAAUCGAUGAUAUUGUUCAGCAAAUAGAAACUCCAAUAGAAAUUAAUAAAUUAUAUAAAGAAUUCAUCAAUAGUGAAGAAUGGAAUACAAUUCUUCAAACAAUUGAACCUAUCGAACCACUGAGUAUUCCAGAAAGUAUAGAAAUAAUUAAAAACCCUUCAGAAGAAAAUAUUAAUCACCAAAGUCCUAAAAGAAAAGAAAUAACUUUCUCAUUAACCAAAUCAAACGAGAUUUAG